GUAAUGAAGAUUGACAGAAAAAAGAUCGGGAAUAGAUGUGGUUAUGAUCAGAACGAGUGUAUGCUGUUAGCUAAGCAUCUAGCUACGUUGUCAGAUGAAGAAUUCGUCCAGGACUUACGGAGAAUCAAGGUUUGGAAUUAUGGAAAGUGCGAACUUGGUCUAUGGGCUGAUAUUCUGGAUCGGCUUGAUGGGAUUCUGGAGAAUGCUGCCACCAGAGUCGGCGCUUGGACUAUAAAAGUCGACCUCCCAGAAAACGAAAAACUCGUUGAGGAUGUCGUUACUGUUCUCGAGUUCACGGGCCAUCUUAUUGAACACAGCAUUUACCGAUGUUUAUAUGGUUCUUGGAAUCAUAUUCUCACCCUUUUUGGCUCGUCGAAUAUGGACAUUUUAUUGGCUGUCCUAGGACUGACGUAUAACUUCAGCAAAAGAAGCAACUACUUUUCCCGCUUGGACGCAGCUAAUAAAAAGAUGAUUCUCGAUCGAUUAAUAUCGAUUGCCGAGACAUGGGGUGGAUCAGAAAGCCAUUUUGAUCUCGCUUCUUGUUGCCAACCCGAUCAUUUCCCACCCACGGCUGGUAAUAUUUACUUUGAGUAUCAACCGGAUGUUGUGAACUCACCAAACCAUGAAACAAAUGGCGAGGUUGCAGUUGUUUGUCCGAAUACAGUUCCACUAUCGGGCCCUGACGUAAUUAUUGAGGACCUCAAAGGAUGUAGGGAGUCCCCUUCACAAAUCAUGGAAGCUCUACUGAAGAAACAUCCUGUACCGUUGCCGAAUCAAAUGGCGUUGUUUGCCCGGAUUCGUCUCGCUGUCUAUUUUUCUGAUCCCGAAAAACGAUUAAAGUGCAUACGAGCCAGGCUUCAGGCAAUAUCUACUCUUUGCUAUACUUUUGAAAUUAACGAUCGUCUGUUAUAUCCUUCCCUGGUGGAUGAACUGGUUGAUGUUCUACAGUUACCAGACGGCGAGUUUAUGGAGAUAAAGGCAUGUGCUCUCCGAACAAUGACUGCCAUCUUCAGUUCUCACCGAGUAAACGUGAACCUUAUGUCAAUUUUGGAGUCAACUGGCAUGUCCAGUUUUCAUGGAGCACUUCCAACCCGCAUUCGAAAAUGGAUUCAGGCUUUGGUCGAUGGGUCUUGUGAUGCAGCUGGCGGCAGCGUUAAUCAACAGUACACAAUAGCCCUACUUUCAUUCCUCUAUCACCUUGCCUCAUUUGAAGAAAACAUCGGCUCAGGCAGCGGACAAAAUCAUGCCACAACUUUAAGCACAAGUGGCAUACUCGACUCGAUGCUUCAGCUGAUCGCGUGGCAUGUUCCCCGAAAUGACUGCCUCAGCUAUGUCACCAGAGCUGUGCGCGUUACUGACCAAAUCUUAAUGAAUGCUGCCACCAACAGACAAACUGUAGUCAAUCGGCUUGUCGAUCGGCUUGGAUAUGAAGUUGAUCUUGUUUUGAGUAACCAAGGCAGCCCCGUAACGACUGGCGGUCAGGCACCUUUGCUGAAUACCCAACGAUCUGGCCUAAUGAAGUCAAUCCUUAAUCUUUUAAAACGCCUUUGCCUUGAUACUGACUGGAACGAUGCAGUUCGCACUUCAAUGGAGGGCAACCUUCCACAGAUACUUUGUUCGAUUUACAAAAAUUCGGUCUUCCACUUUACUCCCCAUUUGGCUCUCUUCGCAAUGGAAACGGUCACAAACUACAUUUACACUUAUCCUUCGCGUAUCUCUAAUAUGCAGGACAAUGGUAUUACCUGUGGAAUCCUGAAUGCCCUAAUAACACAACCCCUACCACAAAAUCGUGACUUUCUUGUCCACUUACCGUCCAUAUUAAACACCCUGGCCCUCAACACCCGGGGUCGAUCUGCUCUUCGUUCAUCUGGGAUUUUAAAUAAGUACCUCGAGACUCUGGUCUCUCCGGACUACCUCAGCACAAUGAAGGCAAGACGCGUGCGUGAUUUCCAUUCGCAGAUCUCCUACAGCCUUGCCCCCUCGGCAGGACAAGUCUUCUCUACAAACUUAACGGCCAGCCAGAUGAGCAACUCAAUCCAAGAGCUGCUACGGUCUCACAAUGAACUUAAGCCGACCGUCUUCCAAUCGCUUGUUGAGGUAGACAGUGCAUAUUUUGCCCGCACAUCAUUAGAUUCUGCACACUCUUGUCCCUACUAUCUAGCAACGUUUACCAAACUCCUCCCCAAGGCAGUUGUUUCGUGCUUCAGAAAGGUUGUGCGACUUGGUUGUUCUCAGCCGGCCCCCAUACUUCCCCCAACCGAGAGUCUGGGCAGUAGUGAGUUGGAGAGUGACGGCUCUUGUCGGUCCUUCAAUCAGUCCUACUCCAACCACGGCCGAAAUCUCAAUGUCUUCUCAAACGAAAACAGGCCGGACAAUCGGAUGAGUGUUACUUCCGCUGCGGUAAUCGAUGCUGCGAAUCCAGCAGCCAAUCGAACUUCCGGUGGCGUGCUUCUCGACGAAGAUCUUGUCAUGCUGUCUGGAAGUGAAGACAACGGCAGUGCUGAGGACGAUGAUGACAAUAUGCCAGAUGUCAGUCUGACGGCUUCGCGAACCGCGGUGUCCUCCAACACCAACUUCCCAACCCCCUUAACACGAACUGCACACAUUGAUACCGCCGAUUCCUAUGUCCCUGAAAACUAUACCGCCACGACCGACGGCGAUACCUCAGAUCAGAAGGCCUCAUCAUCGUCCUCGUCCUCGUCAGAGGCCCUAAUAUCUCCCGACUCAUUCCAAAAUCUACCAGAAUACAUCCUUAACCUACUAACCCGGUGA